AUGGAGGAAGAAUCGUACAUUCCCGAAAUGCUUCACGAGGAUGACGACGACCACACGACUGAACAGAAUGGUGUAUUAGAAGACGUAAUUACCGUGGACCAAGAAUACGCCAAUUCAUUUCAGGAGUUUCAAGAAAAUCUAAACACGCUGCGAAACCUUAAUCUAUUACCCCGCCCAGGCGACCCUCUCGAGGAAUACUUUAAAAUUUCCCAAGCUUUGUCGUCUUGGAUGACCACCCAGUUAUCAGAUUUCCCUGAAAUCCCACCAAAAUCUACCAUCCCAAUAGACCUCGACUCUAUAAAUUCCUGUAAUGAAUCUUUGAGCGGAAUAGGUGUGGAAAUAAUAAGUAGACAAUUCGAGUAUGAUCAAUUAGAGGACUUCCUGUCAGAACCGACCACCACUAGCAUCGAUCUCUCUUUAUUAAAAGAACAUUCAACCACAAUAAAAAAUUCAUGGCAGGCCUUCUCCGAUAUAGUGAAAUUAGGAAAGCUGAGGUGUCAAGAGUUAAAAUGGGUUGCUGAGUUAAGAGAUAAGGUGGAUGGCGUUGAUGCAGAGAUUAAAAAAGUUGAGGCCAUGUUAAAUGGUGUUGAAGAAUCCAGAAAGAAAACUCACGAUGAAGGUAUUACCACAUCUGUUGCCGCCGUGAAUACUUCCAGCAGCGGGGUUCCAUCCAUCAAUAGUCUUAAUGGCGACUCUUCAAAUGACGUCACUGUUACCGGAAUUGUGUUCUCAUCCUCCCUUUUGGAUGAAUGGUACACCAAGGUUGUUGCUGGAGAAGAGUUGGUUCAUGAAUUGGAUGUGAAGGUGAAGGAGGUCAUUCAACUUCGUCAACACAGUCGAUUUAGAGCCCCCGAUGAUUUAGUCGAUCAUAUACAACUUAUCAUCUCCUCUGGUGUGCCUGAGUUGAGAAACAGAAUUAACACCACCAAACAAACCCUGGCUCAUGAUCGUCGUAUUGGAAGAUGGUUCGAUGGCUCAAACGAUGCCGACAAAGUGAUUGCGGACACCCUUAUUGCGUUAAAGAAAUUAGAAGUUCCCGAUUUCAUUGAUAAGUAUGAUUUGUCCGAAGAGGAAAAAAAAAUAGAGUCCCUAGUGAAAGAACGAAUGGAGGCCAUCCGAAAAAUUACCCAGGAUGUGAUAGAAUUCAAGGCUGAAAAAAUAGAUGACCUUGAGAAAAAAUCGAUAGAAAUAAUAACCGCCAUUAAGGAUUCCACUGACAGGGAAGAUCAGACAGCUGUGGAAUUGAUGACAAAACAACUCAAAAAUCUUAACGAUCGGCUCACCAAAUUAACCGAUUUCAUGAACUUCCUUUUAUCGCAAACCACCACCGAUCGUUAUUCUAUUGUUAUAAACCUUCUAACUUCCAUGCAAGGUAUGCGCAAUCAAAUGGCACAGAUAAGAAAAACUAUUAUUGAACACAAUGACGCUGGUUUGGUUCACGGCGACAUCCAAGAUUUGGAGUCUAGAAUCACAGAAUUUGCCGAUCAAUUAUUGACCGACGAUUCCGCUCUUUCAAAAGCCUUAAGUCAAAAGCAUGCGAAACUAUUACUCACCAUUCAAAAUAUUCGUAUCGCUCUGGCCGAAAAUAAACUUCAAAUGGCUGCAUAUCUAAGCCCAUCGAGUCCAACUUCUCCGACUUCUGCUGAUUUCGAAUUCGACCGCCUGCAAAUAACAAUAAAGGGUAAACUGGAUUAUUUCCAUUCUCGACUUGCGUCUCCUCCGACUUACAUGAUCGACACCGAUGCCGAAAAUGAAGAACCUGAACGGGUACAUGGUUUAACUUGCAAUGAUGAUCAUGUCAUCGAGUUCACCGAGCGUUACGAAUCUAUUGACUCAGAAUUGACCACCUUUGAAAGGAGUCUGUGGGUGGAAUUUUGGUUGAAAAGUGAAUCCGCAAAGAAGGCUCGCGGAGAAGAAGUUAUCGAAAAAAUAAAGGAGAUGGAGUUGAAAUUCUCUACGAUCAAGGAUCUUAUCAAAGAGCGAAAACACGAUCUUCAAAUGAUUAAGGAAGGAAGAGAAUUCGCAAAAGCUGUUUAUGCAAUUCGAGAUCAACUCGACAACAUUAAGGGUGAUAUGAGAAGAGGACACUCCACCACCGAUGCUUCGAUACAGAAAUUGGACGAACAAAUGGUAAACGCACAAAAUUUAAUAAAUGAUGUUAAAGCUACUUACGCUCACCUGCUAUCACCUGAGGAAGAAGACCACAAAUUCAGGGAAUGCUUUGACCAACAAAUAACACAGUUCACACGUGUUCAGGCUUGGAUCAAGGAGGUUCACGUUUGGUUCAAGGAGGCUGAACGCAUACGUAUUUGGAUCGACGAACGUAUCAAGAUUCUGGAUAAUGUUCCUCCGAUAGAUGUUUUACAAGAGGGUGAUGCUCCCGCAACACAGGAGCAAGUUGACGAAUGGCAGAAAGAAUACGAGAAGCUAGAAAGAGAUACCGAAAAAUUCGAUUCCGAAGAUAUGACGCGUCUAAGAGCUCACGUGAAAAAUAUAAUGGGCGGCGAUAUGGCUGCUUCAGAUUCCAUGUCCCCGGCUGAUGCGAUGACUAUUUCAAUCACUUUACAAACGCUAACAAUUUUAGAUCAAUUGCUGGGCAUGUUAAAGCAUCGUGAAAACGAAUUAGCUGUGUUGGCUUUACGCUUGCAGUGGGAACGUGAAUUCGGAAGUGCGAAGAACAUUUGGCAUAGGUUGAAAGAAGAAAUUAAAUCCUUUGUUCUUCAUCGUGGUAGAUGGAAACCUCCAGUUUCACCUAGAGAUGACGGUUGGUUUGUGAACGCUCCACAGAAUAGUCAACAUGAAGUCACAGUCGAAGCGCAAUCCAUAGAAAAAAACAUAGUAGAUUUUGAGAACGAUGUUAUUCCUCCAACUGGUGAUAUUUUUUUCGAACUGACCGAAGUCUCUCAAGUUGAUGUUCCCGAUUAUUUGAUCGAAAAGCAAGUAAACCUUGAAGAAGCAGAGCUAGACGAAUUAAAAUCAUACAUGACCUUCGCCAAAGAGGUGCUGACACAACGACAACAAGCUUUAUCUUACGCUGAUGAUUCCGAGAAUACUCACAUUGAUGGUGUAAAACUAAGAGACGAAUUAAUUGUCGAGGAAUCUAAUCCACGAGGUGGAUCAGUCGAAAAAAAAUUCAUUGCACGUGUCAUAGAGCUGAACCAACGUGUUGAAAAAUCGUGGAAUAACAUGGCCGUGGUAAUCCACUAUCCUGAGCAUCCCGAUCACGAAUCGUCAGAAAACGAUACCGUUCGCGAGGGUGUGGCUGUUUAUCACAAAAAACUGGAGACCCUGCUUCAAGAAACUGACGAGGCUUUGAAAAAUUACAAGCGUGCCCUAAGAUUCGUGGAGAUGGCAAACGAGUACAAAAACGAGGCUGCCCGUCUGGAAAAUUGGAUUGCCAAGAAAGACAAGUUUGUGGUUAAUCGUAAAUUUGAUGUUUUUCGUGAACCGUGUAAAUUCUCUGCAAAAGAUAUUGAAAGCUAUGUAGCCGAAAAUUCUCAAGUCGUCAUAGAUGUACAUAAUUUUAAUCAGGAUGAACUUAAGAUUCUUCGCGAAAAAGUUGCUGCUCUUGUGACCGAAGUGAAGGCGGUUGGAACAAAAUGCGUUAACACCGACGAAUUAGAAGACAUGAUGGUAGCUCUUGACAAAAAAUUCGAUGGACUUCUGGAUAACAUUCAGGUCUUACGUUCACGUGAACCUGACGAGGUGAAUGCCGCACAGAAACGUCUUGCCUGGGAAGAUUCAUAUAGGGUUGCUAACGAUUUUAUUAGAUCUUCUCUCAAAGAGACAAAAGGUUUUAUCGUAGACAAAGCUUCAUGGAAGAUCAAAACACCUGAAGAUAUAAAUGCGCACCAAGCUCUUUCUCUUGAAUGCACAACUUUUGAAAAUAGUGUAAAAGAUUUUGUGUCCAACAUCAUGCCCACCAAUAAAUCGAAUUACGGUGCGUUUAUAGAAGCAGCUGAUAAGCUGGCAGACCGGGAUCGUAAGGCACCGCUUGAAGAUCGCCAAUCAAAACUCGAGAGCGACCUGACUAAACUCAUGGAUCAUGUUUCUUUCUCUCGCAAUCUCUUGCAUCAACGUGCUGCAGUGGUCGAAUAUCAUGCAGAGGCUACAAAUUUGGAUAAAAUUUCACACGAAAUUCGAAAUAACCUGAUCCAAGCCGAGAAAAAUGUCUCAUCUGGUCCUAGUGAAAUAGACUUUGAGACGAAUAUCAAGGAAUUAAAUAAUGCUGUCGACACUCUAUGGGAUGAACGUGGAUCAAAAAUUCCUUAUCCAACUAGUCCUAUCGCGAAUGAGGUGAAGAUAACGGAAAACGCAGUAAUCGAAGAAUGUGCGAAAAAACGCAUUUCAUUAUUACGAUCCGCGGGAGAGGAAUUAGACAAAUUAUAUGAAACAUAUCAAUCUUCCCUCGCUCUUCAAAAACGUUCCAAUGAAUGUCUGGAGAAUGCAUCCCGUUUGCAAGACUGGAUAGCGGAUCGAUUAAAGAAUCUCAAUGAUCGUAAAGUUGAUCCCCUCUCUCAAGAAUGUUCGUAUAAUGAAUCACAAGUUCAGAAAAUGCUUGAAGAUCACGAGCAAUUUAAACAAGAGAACACUCGUGUUGAUGUUGAAGAGAUCGGUCAGGCUCGUCGUGAUCUUGAAUUAUUGCUCGAGGAUAUUAAAAAAGCAAAUUGCAAAAGCGUUGACAAGAAACCAAUUCGUGAAGCUAUCGAUAAUCUUGACAAAAAUUUUGGAGAUCUUCAAAAAUUAUCAUCACUACACCAACUUGAUCUUAAUGUGUUGCAAGCUCGCGCAAAAUGGGAAGAUCAAUAUGGCCCGAUAAGCUCCUCACUCGUCGAUUUAGAAUGUCAAACUAACGAUUUUAUCGCGAACAAAGCAAGGUGGACCAAAGAAAGUGCACAACCAGAGAUCAACCUACAAGAAGAGUUUAUAGACUUGAAGAAUAAAGUUUCUGAAUUUGAAGGAAAGCAAUUAUCAUCGAUCAAGAAAACCUACAACGAGAUGGCAGACUCAAUGAAAUCCUAUCUCUCAACCCAUCCUCCUCCACAACAUAUCGUCGACCGUCAACUUGAUCUCAAUAAGAAAUUUGAUGAUCUUCUCGGACGUGUUGAUCUAGGCAAGCAGGUAUUAGAGCAACGUGAUGCAAUGAAUGCCUAUCUUAAUCAAGCUGACGUUGUAGAAAAAGAGGGGAAUGUACUGAAAGCUUUAUUGAAAUCCGCUGAAGAAAACGGUGAAGCUGACCCCGGAUUUACAGAGAAACUCGCCACCUUUAAUGAAUAUUUGAACAACCUAAAGAACGAUUUUGCUGGGAAGAUCCCUUACCCUAAAGACGCACUAUCCAAUGAGGAUGUAAAUGCACCAAUAAAACAGGUUGUAGAGUCUCGUAUGCAAGAAAUUGACUCGCUAUCCAAAGAGCUUAAUAACCUACUAACUUCGUAUCAAGAAACGAUGAAACUUUCAGAAGAACUUGACAACGCAUAUGCUGCUGCAAAGAAACUUGAAGAUGAACUUGAUCAUUUCAUUUUCAAAAAAGCUUCGUGGCAGGCGCAAGAAACUCCUGUUGCUGAAAACGCCAUUGACCCCGUCAUAAAAGAACUGUCGAAUGAAUUGGAAGACAUUGUCAAGAAAAUUACAGAUUUUGAGAAUAAGAUGCUUGGAACAGUGAAUGGUAAAUUUGAUGAUUAUCAAGAUGUCACAAGUGCGAGCGGAAAACUCGUCCCAGAACACGUUAAAAAUAGGCACAAGGCUGUAAACGAAUUAUUGCAAGGAUUAAAAUCGGUGGAAGAUUAUGCCAAGGAGGUUAUAGAGCAACGAAAAGGUAUUAUGCAAUAUAUGGCAAAAGGCGCCAAUAUGGAAAACGAGGCACAAAAAAUACAACAGAUCUUAUUGUCCAACGAACCGAGUUCACCUGGUGGAGAAGGGAACACCGUUUCUACGGCGGUUAGUAGCUUUUUAGACAGAGUCGAAAAUUUAUGGGACGAAGUUGCGUCACGAAUCACGUAUCCCACAUGUUCUGUGCAAAGCGAUCGAGACCGAAUCGGUCGCGCGGAAGAUUGUAAUUCUGUUGUUCGUGAGUCAGCUAACGCACAGAAUAACUCCCUCAAAUCGUUGGCAAACAGCCUGAACGAUCUCUUGUUCACACAUCAAAAUGUAUUGCGUCGCAAGAAGAUGAUUGAGUCUUACAUGCAUCAGGCCAAUGACGUCGCCGCGUGGAUUCAACCAAGGCUGGAUACAUUGAACAAUAUUAUCGAAGACAGGACUCUGGGUGAUCUAUCCGAAGAUCGAUUACAUGAGCUCAUUGGUGAAGUCGAAGCUAUCGAAGCAGCACGACAGGCCUACCAUAGUGCAUUUGACUUUGCUAAAAAUUUAUCCAACAAGUUAAUUGAAGAAAUGACCGAAGAAGCUAAAAAGGAUGAAGACGAUGUUGACGAUGUCAAGGCUGAUCUCGAACAUGUUCUCUCCCGUUCAAGAGAGAUUGAUGAUCUAUGGAAUAAAUUACAAGCCGAUGUUCCCAAUGCAAAACAAAGAAUAAAUCAAGCACUCCAAGUUGUAGAUUUCAAAGAAAAGGCCAAUGAAAUUUUCAAAAAGAUAAACGACCUAUCCAAUUUAAUGUCAAAUACGCCGGUGGAGGAUAUAUCCGAUGCUGAUAUGAAAGACUGGCAAAUUAAGUCGAACUCACUCGAGCAGAUGGAACUUUUUUCUUUAAUCAAGCUUCACGACGUGGUUCAAGGGAAUCUAAAAGAGAAUUUUGGUGCAUUGAGCGACAAAGAAUCUCCGGAACUUGAGGGAAUUUUGAGUCAAGUUGCAAGUGCUAUUGAAUCUUUGAAACAAGAAAUGGCCAAAAAGAUUGAUGAAGCCGAAUCUUAUCGAUCCGCACAAAUUUCCAAAGCCUUUAUUAAUCGCGCAAUGGACCUACAACAAUGGAUCGAUUCUUCGAUGUCAAACUUCCAGAACGCUAAACAAAAUCAUGGAAUAAUGGUGGAAAACUCCAGUGAAUUGAACAACAAGAAUUUUAAUGAUCUGAAGGAAACUCUUGAAAUCUUUGCCCACCAGUUUCCUAACCGAAAUGAUCAACUUGAAAGCAUCCGCUCGGAAUUCAACGACAUAAGAUCAAAGGAGAGCGUUCAGGAAAUGGAGGAAAUAAUCAACUGGCAAUCUUAUCUCGAAGCGUCAUGGGAAAAACUUGAGGUAUCCGCCGAUUCCCUUAAAAACUUCAACGAAAAAGUUGCACUAUGGCACGCUCAACACGAGGCCUUGUAUCAUAUUGAAAAUGAAGUAUUCGAUGGGUUAGAAUCUCGCAUCAAUUCAUUGUUAAGUGUGAACUUUGACAAAUUGGAAGCUGAAGUCAAAGAACUAGACGAAAUCAUAAAAAUAGCUUCUGCAGAACUUGAAAAAAUAAAGGCCACAGCUGGUCAAAUUCAUGAAAUUCCUGGUGACGAGAUCGAUGAGUCAAACAGACGGAACUUCGAUAUUCAUCUCAACGAAGCAAUCAAUAGGCUCUCAUUAUUAAAAUCAUCAUUCCAAACAGCUCUGCACGAGGCACACAAUGCUUCUCAAUUGGCAGCAUUCCACGCGGUUGCGAAUAAAAUUAUUAGCUCCUGUCACGAAGGAACUGCAAUCGUCGAAACUAGACACGACGAACUUGAUCGUAGCGGUUAUUAUGCACUCGAGAUGGACUCCCUUGAAACUAUUCUCCGAGGAGCCAUCGAUGGAUACACUCAAAGUGAAGAGAACUUGAGAAAAUAUGACCAGCAGGUUCACGUCAAUUUAAAGCAAGAGAGAGAUAAACUUAUCGAACAAAAUCCGGAAAAUAAUAAAGAACGCGUAUUGAACAUCUUCAAUAAGGUCACAACAGCGCUGGGUCAAUUUUCUGAUGCCGUUGCACUCGAACGUCGCGAACUGGAACUUGUACGCAGAAUUUUUGCGCAUACUAAGGCCGCCCAAGACAUACAAAAUUGGAUAGCAUCAUGCAAAAAGGCAGUAUUAAGCAUUCAAGUUGACACACUCGACAAAGAGAUGGAGAUCUGUGACUUGGAAGAAAAGGUUGACGGUUUCCAGAACAUCAUAGAUGCAUUUAAGGAGAAUCACGAUCGAGUUCUCAAACCAGAGGCUGAAAGCGCCGGUAUUAAUGAACCUCAACCAGAGGAAUCGAAUCCUAUGAUAAAAGAAUCUGUUCAAUCGCGAACCAACCGUGUAUUAGAAGAUUGGAAUGGUCUCAAGGAACUACUAGCACAUCUGAGAACAAGCCUAAACGCAUCAAAGGAAAAACAAGAAGUUUUACGUGCAAUAAAAGAAAUACAAAAUGCUAUUGAACAAGUUAAAGAAAGAGUGCUCAACAUCGAAUCUUAUAUAACCGGUGAAGGUACACCUGGAUUACCAACAAUCGAUGAUGUGAAUCUCGGCGAAAGGGAACUCGAUGAAAUUCAAGCCGAAAUUGAUCAUAUACUCGGACCUAGAAUAGAUGAUUUGGAUGAUAUGAUAAACAACUUGACGGAACGUGAUGCUAGUUACAUCCAACAACGGGCUGUGAUCGCAAAAUUACUGACUAGCCUCGCUGAUAGCAUUAAUAAUAAGAGAUCUCAACUUAAGGAAGCACAAAAAUUAGCAAUAUUUGGCACAAAAGCGGAUGAGAUGAGUGCACUAAUGAGAUCAUUGCUUGAAGUAGUUGAUAUUGCGACUUCAACGACGGACACACCACUUGAACUCUUGCCUGUCAUCGAAUUACAGUCACGCUCAAUUGAACUUGAAACAAAAUAUGAAUAUUAUCAACCCAAAAUUGAUCAAAAAUAUUUGGAAGCACAACGUGUAGCUGAACCAUUGAAAGACGAUUGGCGAGUUGAAGAUCGUUUGGGAAUACUCAAAGAACAAUGGAAUGAAUUAAAUGAAGUUGCAUUGGCCAAGAAAGAAGAUUUAAAACGUCUGCUAUCUGGACAAAGAAUAUCGAGGACGAGACACGGACGUUCAAAUUCUCAAAUACUCACAGGUAGUAGAGCAUUCUCUCCCAUAAGAUCUAUUCGUUCAUCGACCAGACCCCCAUCACGAAACACCCUCACCCCCAAAACGUCAUCAUCUUCGUUACGAACAGGCAGAUAUCGAACGGCGGACUCACGGCCCUCUUCGAAAACUCCAACGGGACGUACACCAAGUCCAAAUAUUGGUACUCCGGGAUCACCGAGACGCCCACCAAUUCGCCUACUACCACAUUCGGUGAAUAAUUACGUUCCAGAUCCAGACGACCAACUUGACGUCGAAGUCGCUCGAAUAGUGAAUGCUUGCCCAGUGAAGAUUAAAGUUUCCAUGGUUGAAGGAGAAUCCGGAAAGUAUAUGUUUGGCGAAGUUGAACCCAAGCUUUGUUAUUGUCGAAUACUGAGAAGUCGAAUGGUUAUGGUUCGAGUUGGAGGAGAACACGCUAACUUGGAACAAAAGUACAUCCCCAAAGCCCGAUCUUUUGUCGGAACUGACGAACCAGAGUCAACAAGUCGCGAAGCCUCUUCAAGUCCCCCUUUUCGCACGGCGAACAUCAGCUUCAUCCCGAAGGGACCAGGCCUCCGAAUCGAGGACCCAACAAAAAGCAGCAGUCCCUUGGCGUUGAAACGCAUGUCCUAUACAAGAAAAGUGAGUAGUUCUGAUAGAGAUAAUAAUAAUAGAUCGCGUAUUGGUAGACCGAGUGGCUAUAAAAUGCCAGCAACUGAAGAAUAA